ACUUCCUGUCCGGUCAUUGUUCUCGCGCCGGUUGGAACAGGGGUCACGGUCCGCCAGCCUCUUGCUCCAGAGCCGGUGAGCUCGGGCCGAGCCUCUCCGCUGCACACGUAGACAGUACUCAUCUUGGCCCUGAGAAGAAACUUAAGAAGAAGCUUUUGAAACUUUAGAUGGGGCUUGAUCUCUGCUGGGCAGCUCUUAGCUAUAAGUGUUCCUCUUCUGAGCUGAGAAGAUGACUACAGAAUUGAGAGAAGCCAUGGCCCUAGCCCCUUGGGGCCCAGUGAAGGUGAAAAAGGAGGAGGAAGAGGAGGAAAACUUCCUAGGUCAGGCAUCCAACCAACAAAUGCACUCUGAAAACAUCACAGUCUGGGCCCCAGAGGAGGGUCUUCAGACAGGCCUUGAUGUAUCAGAAGAGGAGGAAAAGGGUCAGAACAUGUUCUGGGACAUGGCGGUAGUCCUGAAAGCAACACAGGAGGCACCUGCUGCUUCACCCCUUGGCAGCUACUCAUUACCAGGGACCCUGGCCAAGAGCGAGAUACUGGAGACUCAUGGGAACAUGAACUUGCUAGGUACUGAAACCAAGAACCUACAGUUACUGGUUCCAAAAACUGAGAUAUGUGAUGAAGCUGAAAAACCCCUCAUAAUAUCAGGAAGAAUCCAGAAAGCUGACCCUCAAGGACCUGAAUUAGGAGAAACCUGUGAAAAAGGAAACAUGUUACAGAGACAGAGAAUAAAGAAGGAAAAGAAAGAUUUCAGACAAGUGACAGUGAAUGACUGUCACUUACCUGAAAACUUCAAAGAAGAGGAAGACCAGAAAUGUAAGAAAUCUGGGGGAAAGUAUAGCCUUAAUUCUGGCACUGUUAAAAAUCAGAAAAUACAGCCUGGGCAAAAGCCUUUUACAUGUAGUGUGUGUGGGAAAGGCUUUAGUCAGAGUGCAAACCUUGUUGUGCAUCAGCGAAUCCACACUGGGGAGAAACCCUUUGAAUGUCACGAGUGUGGGAAGGCCUUCAUUCAGAGUGCAAACCUCGUUGUACAUCAGAGAAUCCACACUGGACAGAAACCUUAUGUUUGCUCAAAAUGUGGGAAAGCCUUCACUCAGAGUUCAAAUCUGACUGUACAUCAAAAAAUCCACUCCCUAGAAAAAACUUUCAAGUGCAGUGAAUGUGAGAAAGCCUUUAGUUAUAGCUCACAACUCGCUCGGCACCAGAAAGUCCACAUUACGGAAAAAUGCUAUGAAUGUAAUGAGUGUGGGAAGACAUUUACUCGGAGCUCAAACCUCAUUGUCCACCAGAGGAUCCACACUGGGGAGAAGCCCUUUGCCUGUAACGAUUGUGGCAAAGCCUUUACCCAGAGUGCAAAUCUUAUUGUACAUCAGCGAAGCCAUACUGGUGAGAAGCCAUAUGAGUGUAAAGAGUGUGGGAAAGCCUUUAGUUGUUUUUCACACCUUAUAGUGCACCAGCGAAUUCACACUGCAGAGAAACCUUACGACUGCAGUGAAUGUGGGAAAGCCUUCAGUCAGCUCUCUUGCCUUAUUGUCCACCAGAGAAUUCACAGUGGAGAUCUUCCUUAUGUGUGUAAUGAGUGUGGGAAGGCCUUCACAUGUAGCUCAUACCUACUUAUUCAUCAGAGAAUCCAUAAUGGGGAAAAACCUUACACGUGUAAUGAGUGUGGCAAGGCCUUCAGGCAGCGGUCGAGCCUCACUGUGCACCAGAGAACCCACACCGGGGAGAAGCCCUACGAGUGUGAGAAGUGUGGUGCAGCUUUCAUUUCUAACUCACACCUCAUGCGACACCACAGAACCCAUCUUGUUGAGUAGCAAGUAAAGGAAAAGGAAGACCUCCAGUGUUGGUCAUGACUUAUUGUCCCCCAAAUUAGACACCUCUUUGCUGUUUUCUUCCUUUGGGAAAACAAGGCCUAUGUCCUUAAAAGUUCCAGUUUUCAGAAAUACAGCACAAAACACAAGACAAGCAUUUCAAAGGCUAAUUUAAAGAAAAUGAAAACUAAGCACCUAAAGGCAAGGACUUUGUUUUACCUGUAUCCUCAGCAGUAUGUUUUCUGAAAUGGAAUGUGGCUUUCUUAGGAGUGAGUUAUAAAAAGCUAAGUGAUAAAGAUACUAUUUGAGGAAAGUUCUAUUUUGCUUAAUUUUGUUUUUUAAAACUCUGGUAAUUGCUUGAGCAACAGGCAGGUUAUCUGCCUGGUUGAAUUCUGGAGCUUUGAACCCUGUCUUUUAGUAUUUUGGUAACUAGUUAAGGAAACCACUUGGGGUAGCAAUUCAAUGACAACUUGCCUAUGAACAUUAAUAAAUUGCUUUCCCUUCCCUAGAAAUUUUUAAAAAGCCAAUGAAAACAAAAAAACAAUUAACUGUCUACUGCUCCUAAAAUGGACAGAAAUAGGAAAUGGCCUUUUUCCUUAUUGUCUAUACCUCCUGAACCUUGGUAUUGUAAAGCCCCGGGGACCUCUGAUGAGUCUGUUCUGACCAUUCCCUAGCCUGCAUGGCCAAGCACUCAAGGAUUGAUGGAGACACCACACACCAGCUAUAUUGAUUUGCUAAGAUUGACAACUCUCCAAACAACUCAACCCCCUAAUUCCUAUAACAUUCCAUUUGGGUGAGAUGCAACUAACAGCCCUUUCCUGGAUAGAGGAGUCAAAGAAUAAAGCUUGCCUAGAGGCAUGCCC